AUGGGCCUGAUGCGCAUCGGCCUCAACGAGUGGAUCUUCUGCGCCUUUGAGCACGACCUCCAGGGUGUCAUCGUCGACGAGCGGCAACCGGAAACCCCGUUAUACGCGCGUUGGGGCGAGUUGCGGAAGCAGGCAUUGGCGUUCAGCAUGAGGGCACGGGGCCUGAUAUGGCCGCUGGCAACGGCGGCCGAGUCCGAGGUGUGCCCCACGGCGGCGAAGCUAUACAUCAUUGAUCGGCUGAAGGAGCUUGCGUACAUGCAUGAGCUUGAUCAAGCGAGGGAAGCAGCGAUGAUGUUAGAGGAAGGAAUACCGCUUAGGGACUGGUAA